AUGCGUUCAAAACUCAUGUUGUUGUGUUUCAUUGUCGUCUUUUGUCAGCAUAUUAGCGUGACGGCCAGUGUCAUUCCUCGUGCUUCUUCCUUUACAUUCCCAGCAUCUAGCACGGUUUCAGUACCUCCUCCGGCAAUUCCAAAGUUUCUCCCAAUCUCGUCUUCAUCACCCGAUACCUUUGGUAUCUCACAAGUCAGCGGAUUCUACGGUCCGGGGACCUGGGGCGCAUGGAUCGUCACUGGAGCGGCAUCCUGGUAUCGCGUUGUGGUUGAUCACCGCCAUGCACUGGAUCCCAACACUUCGGUCUUCCUUUUGGCCAUUAACUGGGCCUCGGUCGAUCUCAUUCGGCAUGUUCACUCGCAAAAAGCCCUCAAAGACUCGGGAGACGAUUCUAGCGACGAGCACCUCGGAUCCAUUGGCGCGGCCUUCACCAUCGUCUUCUGGGGCGUCGUGCACGAACUCAUGCAGAUCUACGGCGUCCAGUUCAUGGAUGAAGGCUCGAAACGACCUCAAAAAGUCCGGAGACGAAAAGUGCUGACUCUAGUCAUCGGCAUGGUCCUUCCAUUUACUGCGCUGUCCUUUAUGCUGUUUACCUUCGGGUUCUUCACCGAUACUACGUCCCUGACUCGGUUUGGUCGAACAUUCCAGCACUCUACCGGAUAUAUUAUGGGUCAGACCUGACGGUAGAAGAAUUUGAGCAUCACGGGGAUAGAGUCCUUCACGCAUGCCUUCUAGGACUAUGGGUUCUGUUUGUCAGAGCUGGUGUAUACCUUCACAUGUGGUGGAGAGACGCUCCUCAACGCACCAAGAUCAAGUUCCAAAAAGCAUACCAACCAUAUGAAAGACACGGAGCAUUCCUCUUCAAUCUCUUCGCCGUCUGGUCAUCGAUCUCUAUGCUCGUGGUUUUUGUUAUGUCGUUUUACGACGAGAAUAAGAUCUGGAU